AUCGAAAUUGGUAUUGAUACUCCCUUCAUUCCGAUCCAUCUAAGGUUCGAAAGCUACGAUAUCACAUUACUAGCCACAUUCCGCUAGAAGCCUUUCUCGAGACCCAUCACACCAACGGGUGUUCGCGCUAUACCCAGCCAAAAUGGCUGAGACUAGUGAAGAGCUCGUACUUCAUGAUCUUGGCAAGCUCACCAUCUGUGACAAGUCCGAUGGGCGACUUGAGAGCGUUGUGACCAAGAAAUCUAAGACUCUCGCCGGAGAGAUCGUCACUCUAUCAAAGGCGAUAAAUCUCUUUGAAAAUUCCAAGUUCUCCGCUUUCGCGACCGAAACGAGCGAGCAUUAUGUUUUCAAAUACACGAUCCAACAUGCAUGCGGAGAUCAACCGAAAGUUAUCCAACUUGCGUUUCCGAUCAACACCGCUGCUAUACAGCCAAACCUUUCCGGCUCCAGCUCCUGGCUCCCGUUGCAGAGAUUGCCCCAAGUACAAAUACGCAUUCUAUCGGACUUCAGUAACGCAACCAGCCUCGAUGUUAGCCCAGAUCGCAAUUGGAACAACACGCUACUUGACGAGAUUGCACAUGCCUUUGCAGGUGCCAUCACGGAGUUCGCGACGAAAGAUCAUCCAUUACGAUAUUCGUGGUUGAAGUCUCUGCCGGACCAGUGCUUCGGACACCCCUGGGAUGAUCUUUACCGCAAGAUUAUAGGAUUGUUGAAGGACAAGCCCAUAUUGCAGACACAACACGGAAGGAUUUUCAGGCGUCCCUACGAAGUUAAUACCAUUCCAUUCCAUUACCUUCACCAGGGCACUCCUAUCCUCGACGACCUGCCUGACGAGCUGUACCUUGUCGCCUUAGAAUAUGAUUCAGUCAAGGCUGCGUCGAUUUUCAAGGACCUUGGAGUGAGAAAUAUAUCUCGGCGGUCGGUAUUGAACAGAUUGGAGGCUGACCUGAAAAACACUCAUUCCAAGAUGAAAUCGCUUGCGGCCGAUGAUGCUUGGCAUAUAUCUUGCGCGAACAUGUUGCUCCAACUCUUUAAACCGCCACAUGAAGCAACACUGCAGAGAUUACAGUCAAUGGAUAUCAUUCCAGUACGAAGUAUAUUCGGCUUCACCCGAUGGACUAAGCCACCAACAGAUUCAUCGACGACGCAACCGACAGGGAAUUCGUUGAGAAAUGACGGCGAAGUUUAUUUCCCUAGCACCAGCGGGGUUCCAAUUCCCCACUUUUCAUCGCUAUGUUUCGUUGAAGCACAAGCAGCAUCCGUGCCGAAACGAGCGGCUUUAUUCAGGGCAUUAGGCGUGAAGGACUGCCCAAAGAAAUUGGUACUUGACGCGAUCCGAAAAUUUCACGAAGAGAUAGGCCGAACAGGGUUUCUCUUUGGAGGCAAAGUCUUUUCGAAUACAGAAGAAGAAGAUUUGAUGGCACAAUUCAGGUACCUGUUCCAUUUCGACACCAGCCCAGAGUCACUCAAGACUUGGCUGCUUGUACCUACCGAAGGUGGGUACCUGCGGAAAACGUCAGAUCGCUUCUAUUUCCCAUCAGAUCAUGAUUGCGCCCAGCAGCUGUUAAAGACAGGUUCCCCGAAGACCAUCACCACAAUACCAUCUUUGGACCCCAGUUCUGCAAUUUCCGGACCUUCAUCUGCAAAGGAUGGUCGAGUCGCAUUCCUAUCGAAAACCCUUGUCCGAUUCGUACCUUCGGACAUACGUUGCCAUGGUCUGUCUUGGAGGGAGUGGCUCACAAUGGCUACAGGAGCCCGGAACUUCCCUCCGCUGUUUGAAAAUGAAGCGACCUCCGAGCUCUCACCAAUUUUUGUCGCUAUGGCUAGCCGAGGACCGGAGAAUGUCGUAGGGCUCUUACAGGCAAAUUGGAAAGCCGAGUACGAAUCUGUGAUCUCGAAUAACUCUUGGAUACGCUCCAAGCUAGGAGACCUCAGUGUCAUGUGUGAGUCUAAUACCACAUGCCAACUCCGACAUACGUAUCUACCAACAAAUGAUCUAAAGACGAAAACGAGAGAGCUGGGCGUCGAGGGUAUUAUUUCGGAAUUGUUUCUCAAGCUGCCGGUAGCCUUAGAUUCCACAGACUACCAAGAUUGGGAGUUUCUCGAAGAUUUUGGAGUGGGGACUACGGCCGACAUGUCAUUCUAUAAACUCAUUCUUGAGAAGAUGCGGAAUUCAGAGCUCCUAUUCAGCAUAGGCCAGCUCAUCAAUAUCUACGGUUGCGUCGCGCAAAUGUCCCAAAAGCUAAAUGAGCAGGAUCAGAAUGAACUGAGGGACUAUUUUGCACAAAAUGAAGUUAUCUACGAUAAUAAUACUAACGAGCUCACGCCAAGGACCGCUUCCUGGGUUACAUCCGAAGAUUGUGUUUGGCGAGGCCCCGAUGAGGAAUGGUUUGGAAUUCGAAAUACUCUUGAGAAAUGGUACAGAGGCCAUACCCAUCUCGAAAACUUCUUCUCCGCGUUUCUGGGCAUUCAAGACUGUGGAAUUGAAGAAGUGCUUGACGAGCUGGAAGCAUUGCGUAAAUGGAGCGGCACCUCUUCUCUUGAGUUAGCAACCGAUCAAGUACGGGAUAUAUAUCGAUACUUAGACGCCACAAUCCAAUCGGAUGCGGAGUGGGCUUCUAUCAGGUGCAAAUUCAAUAAGCAUCAGCUUGUUUUCACAGGCGGUCUAUGGUACGCAGUGUCCUCAUGUCUUUGGACAAACCGGAUUCUAGAUGUAGGGCCCCAAGUCGGACAGAUCGGUCCCGCAUGCCCUGAGCUUGAGAAGUUCUUUGUCAAACGGUUAGGGGUCAAGAUUGCGCCCGACACUACACCCCUCCCUCCUAUCCCUUGGAUUCCCAAAUCAUCCAUGGAGAUGCCGAAACCGAAAGAUCUCAGUUCGCUGUAA